AAAAAAGCCUAUGUAGGUCUGUAGGAAUGGCGCAGCUCUAUGACACAGUCAAUCGUGUAUACGUCACAAGAAUAGCGACAAUUUCGGAGAGGUUUUUCAUGUGUUGCUUCCGGAUUUAAACAACAUUGGAUUUUCUCUCUCCUUAAACAACCACCGAGAAAUACUGACAAGCAUGGAUCCAGCUUUGCUACGUGAGAGAGAAUUAUUUAAAAAACGGGCACUUGCUACUCCAGCGGUUGAAAAACGUCCAGCCGCUUCAGAAACAUCCUCCAAGAAGAAAAAGGCCAAACUUGAUCAAGGAAGUUCUUUAGGAACUAAACCAACUGCAGAGACAAAUAAUGGAUCAUUUAACCUGAAAGCACUCUCUGGAAGUUCAGGGUACAAGUUUGGAGUUCUGGCGAAAAUAGUUAACUAUAUGAAGACUCGUCAUCAGCGGGGUGACACCUACCACUUGACAUUGGAUGAAAUAUUAGAUGAGACAAAAUUGUUGGAUAUUGGCUUGAAGCAGAAGCAAUGGCUUAUGAAUGAGGCCUUAACCAAUAAUCCAAAAAUAGAAGUUAAAGAUGGGAAGUAUGCUUUUAAGCCUAAGUACCACCUGAAAGACAAGAAGGCACUUCUAAGGCUUCUGGAUAAGCACGAUCAGCUGGGUCUUGGAGGUAUUCUUCUUGAGGACAUAGAGGAGGGAUUGCCUAAUGCUCAUAAGGCAAUUAAGGCCUUAGGUGACCAGAUUAUUUUCAUCAGCAGACCGGAUAAAAAGAAAAUACUUUUCUAUAAUGAUAGACAUUGCCAGUUUGCAGUUGAUGAAGAAUUUCAGAAGUUGUGGCGAAGUAUUCCAGUAGAUUCCAUGGAUGAAGAGAAGAUUGAAGAGUAUCUCAAGAGACAAGGAAUUUCAUCGAUGCAGGAAAUGGGACCAAAGAGAGUAGCACCAUUACAAAAGAGGAAGAAGCCUGCAUCUCAGAAAAAGAGAAGGUUUAAGACGCACAAUGAUCAUAUGGCAGGAAUAUUAGAGGACUAUUCAGAAGGAGUUCAUAACAAGAAGUGAGCAAUCUGCUGAGCUUUGAGGACUUAUCAAGUGUUUUUUUAAUUACACUGUACUCUGUUUUGAAUGAAGCCAGGAUUAUAUUUUUGUGCUGCACCAUAGGCAAAUAAUACAUUAAUGUAAUUUCUGUUUAGUUAUGAAAGGUUAAGUCAGGGAACGGGUUAUAGCAUUGCUUGGACUGUGUAAAUACAUGGUAUAUACUAGUAUAUUUCCAUAAAUAUCUUGAAAAACCUUUUUUUUCCUCCUAAUUUUGUAACUGCUGCAGCUUUUAUAUACUAUGUAUAUCUUGAACAGUAUUAUUUGUUUUUUUUUUGUUUGAAAAAUUAAAAUAAAUGUAUAUAACUUUUCCACAUUCUUAAAGGGCCCUUGGAUUUGAAAUGUUGAUACCUUGUGAUAUUGCAUAGUGUUUGUUUUCUCUUACUUAUAUUUGCUUAAUUUCUUGUAAUGUUCAGAUCUAUCAGUUAUCUUGUAUCAUAUAAGUGAUGUCUGGGUUUGCAAAACACAACAGGCAUCUUUAUGUGCUAAAUAAUAUUCCUUGGCCAAUAAGUGUGCCAUUGUACUAUGUUAUCGAAACUAAUGCUUGGGUUGGUCUUUGCAAAAGACCUCAAAACAAAUUUUGUGUAUUUCAUUGGAUUUUCCACUAUAGCAUCAUUGUGGUUAUCAUACAGCAUUGAUCACUUAAUAUUUUGUUUAUUAAUGUUGAGCUCCAGUCAGCUAUUCAAUUAUGCAGUAUAUUUCUCUUGAUAUUUCCUGUGCAGAUCAUUUUUUAAGGGCACUAGUAUUUACUGUAUAUCUUAUUUAAAAUUAACUAGCCUAACUCAUUGUCUUUUAUAUUUGUUUACCUAAAUCUUAUAUUACUUUGAUACUGAUGGGCUGUAUAUUUGGUUUUGUCCAUGUGUUAGGUAUGGACGCUGAAACCAGCCAUUCAUCUGGCUAAAGUUUUUCAAUGAUAUUAUUAUCAUUCACUUAUUUGAA